AUGCGCAGUUACACUUUCAAGUGGCCUCACAACGCCGAAGAGGUUUAUGUGACAGGCACCUUCGACAAUUGGACCAAAAGCGAGCGCCUCGACCGGGUCGGGCAGUCCUUCCAGAAAACAGUGACGCUGCCAGAAUCUGACGCCAAAAUAUUUUACAAGUUUGUUGUCGACGGCAGCUGGACCACAGAUCACACUGCUCCCCAAGAAAAGGAUCACGAAGGGAACGAUAACAACGUCUUGUUGCCCGAACAGAUGGAUAAGCUAGAAGAAGCUUCCCAGGCUGCGGCCAUCAAUAACCUCGUCCCCGAGUCCACCACGGCCCAAUUAGCCGGCGCGGUGCCCCUAGAGGACAAGAAGGAGGAAAAGCUGGAAGACAAGAAGGAGGAAGCGCCGGCAGCCGGUUCGGACGCUGCCGUCCUCAGCUCCGCGGCCCCCGAUUCUACCACAGCUCAAUUGGCUGCUGCAGUACCACUCGAGGAAAGCAAGGACAAUGUUACUCCGCCGGGUGGUUACCCCGAAACGCCUGCAGCCGAAUCCAGUGACCAACUGAAGGUUGACCCCCUCCCUGCUGCCGAGGGCGCCGUCAAUCCCAUAAAACUUGAGGCUGGCGAGAAGGUCCCCAAGGACCUCACGGCCGAUGCAGUCAACAGCCACGUCACGCUUGACAAGGAAUCAUACGAGAAGAGCGAUCGCAUUCCUGGUAUUGAAACAACACUUCCACCCAUUACCGGCAACAUGAUUCCAGAGUCAAGUUUACCUAUCACUGGCGGCGAUAUCGCCACCAUCAACACGGUUACUAGUGAAUCAACCACCGCCGCCUUGGCCGGGCAGGUUCCCCUGGAGCCCAAAGUGCCCGAGAUUGUGAAGAAAAGCCAAGAGGAGGCCCAUGUGGAGCCUGAGGCAAGCGCCAUCAGCGAGGAAGUGAAGGAGAAGGCCGCUGUGGAGGAAGAACUUUUGGACAAGGUGGCCGAAGCUCCCUCUACCUCGGAGGGCACGGCGGGGAAGGGCACUGAGAAGUCCGAGACUGACAAGUCGGCCGUCGAGAACGCGAUUGCCGCUGCUACCUCGGCCGGUGAGGUGGCACUUGGAGCUGCCAUUACUGCUGCCGGGGUGGCACUGCCCGUCGCGGCCGGUGCUGCAACCCAUGCCGGUGAAGUUGCUUCGGACUUUGCGCACAAGGCGGGCGAUGCCGCUGCGGAUAUCGCCUCCAAGGCCACUGCUGCUGCAUCUGACGCAGCAACGACCGUACCUACUGCCGUCAAAGGGGUCCUUCCCGGGGCAGCCCAGGCCGAGGCCGAGGAGAAGCAAAAUGCUGCUAUCGAUAGCAUCUCUCCGGAGGUGCCGGCCGAGGUCAAGGAAUCCUUGAGGGCGGCAGGCAAGAGCCCCGAGGCUGCUGUGAAUACCUCUGCCGUUGAGGAGAAGAAGGAGUACGAAGCCGAGAUGCUUUCGAAGGUGAAACCGAUUGAGGCCGAGGAAUCGCAAAAGGCUGCCAUCGAUAAUGUCUCUCCGGAGGUCCCGGCCGAGGUCAAGGAAUCUCUAAAGGAGGCGGGCGAGAGCCCCGAAGCUGCUGCUGAUACCUCCGCCGUUCAGGACAAGAAGGAGUACGAGGCCGAGAUUCUUGAGAAGGUGAAGCCGACCGAGGCAAUCGGCGAGUCACCAACCAAGACCGCCGAAGAGGCAACAGCUCUAGCGGUGGAGCCGCCCCAGCCCGCCGUGGCGGUCAAGGCCGUUGAUGAGGCCAAGUCUGUGGAGACGCCAAAGCCCGCCGAGGAGACACAGCCUACUGAGGGCCUCAAGCUCACCGAGGAUAUCGCGCCGGCGGUGACUGCCUUGAGCGUUGAGCCCCCGAACCCGGUUGAGACCGUCAAGGCUGUUGACGUAGCCCCGCCCGCGGACGUGGCGACUGGUUCCGACGAGCCGGUUGCGGCUGCUGCUGCACCUGUGGGAACCGAGGCAUCCGAGCCCGCGAAGGUUGCCGAGGAGCCUCAAACCGCAGUCGAGCACCCCGCCUCAACCGAGCAAGCCGCACCCACUGAGGCAGCCAAGGGAGCGGACGAAGUACAUCCCGCAGCUAACGGCACGAACGGCACUAAUGGCACCGCCGCUACCGCUGCCUCUACCGACAAGGCUACGUCCGAGAAGAAGAAGAAGCACAGAAUUAGUGGGUUCUUCACCAAGCUGAAGCAAAAGUUCGCUUAA